GCAGCUGUGCAUUUUGAAUCAUAGGUAAGUGUUUAUUAUUGUUUGAAUUUGGAAUUCGUGGACAGCAGGUAGACUUACGAGCUGAAUUCUACCAGAAUUCAAGUAACAGGAAAAUGGCCGACGAUAGUAAAAGCACUCCAGGGAAAAGUGCGAAAUCAACUCCUGGAAAGAAUGCGGCAUCGCCUCCAAAAAGCGAACUAACUGCCGCUGUAACAAAUGGCAACGCAUCCCAUCAAGAUGACAAAGAAAGGCCUCGAAAGCGGAAGGAAAGUGCUAAAAACAAAGAGGGCAAAGCCAAGGAAAAUAAAGCGAAACGGAGAAAGAGGAUGAAAGAUGCGGCUGCACCAAAACACCCUCUUUCAGGCUAUGUUCGUUUCAUGAAUGAGCACAGGGAAAGGAUCAAAGCUGAGAAUCCCAAGGCAAACUUCACUGUUGUGACAAAAAUUCUAGCGAGUGAAUGGGCAAAAUUAGCAGCUAAUGAAAAACAGCAAUAUUUGGAUGCAGCUGAUCAGGAUCGAGAGCGGUACAACAAGGAGCUUGAUGCGUACAAACAGACAGAUGCAUACAAACUGUACACAAAGAAGCAGAAGGAGCAAAAGCACGCUAAGCUCAGCCAAGUGAUCAAGCCAAAAAAUGAAUCUGAACCUAAAACAAAGCCUGCCAAAUCGGAGUCAUCCAGUACUAAGGACGCUAACACUUUUACGCUUGACAUACCUAUAUUCACGGAAGAAUUUCUGGACCAUAACAAAGCCAGAGAAACAGAACUGCGACAGCUGAGGAAGUCGACUGUUGACUACGAGCAGCAAAACUCGAUUUUGCAAACGCAUCUGACCAACAUGCAGUCCGCAGUGGAUAAACUGGAGGUGGAAGUGAUGCAGCAGAUGACCAGCAAUGCAGCUCUCAAGCAGCACCUGGACCAAAUGCGCAGUACUCUAGUCUCUAGUCUUGCCCACCUACCACUCCCUGGUACCUGUGAGCCGCCAAAUAUACAGACCAUAGAUGGCUACAUGGUCUCAAUACAGCAGCUAAGUUCAUUGGAUCACCAAGAAAAUAAGUCAUUCUUGGCCAACGUUAAGUCAGCAAUUAACGCUCUUCAGUUUCAUGUGUGAAUGAUUAAAUGUGUGUAACUAACUAUAAAUGGAUUAAAUAAGGCUCUAGUGACAUUAAAUGAACCAUGAGAGACAGUGUUUAUUAAAUUAAAAAAUGAAAGUGAAUAUUGUUUGUAAGUGCAAAGGAAUCUUGCACAUGGUGCACUCUGUGCUCAUGUAAAUAAAUUAAUAAGGCUUCAUCUCCUCCGA